AUGUCGAGCUAUCUUAAGUUUCAAGUCUAGUUUCACACACAGUUAAAUUAAACAAUCAGGAUUGUAGGAAAUAUAAAAGAGUUGGGAGAGUGGGAUCCAAUCAAAGGAUUAUAACUCUUCACCAACGCUCAGUUGUAUCCUGAUUGGACUCACGACACUUUCAUAGAGAUUCCAAGAGGCACUGUGCUUGAAUUUAAAUGUGUGAAAUAUGAAGGCGAAAGGCUUGUAAAAUGGGAGAACUUUUAGAUAGAUAUGAAUAGAAAAUAUAAAACGCAAUAUUAUAAAGCAAUGCUUUUUAUGAAAGAAGACAAUAUUUAAGUCAUAGAGCGUCCCUUUUAAAAAUAUACAGGCAAUCAUGAUUAUGAUAUUAUUGAUACAACUAAUGCUAAGAAAAUUUAAGAUAAAUUCAUUGUAUUCGACCCACUGAGAAAGGCAGAUGGUUUGAGCUCAUCUUCUGAUAAUAGUUCUUUAGACUUUUUCAGGAGAUAAUCAAAGAUUUCAGAUGAUUUCAAUGUUAUUGAUAAUCAAAUGGACUAGUAAAAGUAUGAAAAUGGUAUGGCUGUGAUAGAUGCUAGAAAAAUGAGAUAGAAGAAGGAAUUUACAGAUGAUGAAGACGACUUCAAUUCUGAUGAUAUUCAAAAUAACCACGAUAAUUUUGAAGAUGUUCACUUGGAGAAGAUAAUAGAUACACAACCAAAGCAAGGAGAAGUUCAUUAGGAGGAGCAUACAAGGAAAUUGCGUGGAGCAGGUUUGGGGAUUAAGUUUAAUCAGAGCUCGUUGAAUCAAAUUUAGAACAACUUACCAAUGAAUUUGGAGAAUAUUUUUCUGCUGUUCAACAGAGUGAAAAAGGAAUCAAAUUGUUUAAAAGAGAAAUAUCCAACAAUUAGAAAGAUAGUAGACUUAAAAGACAUUAAUUUGAUUAAUUAAAAUCAAUUGCAUUAAGUACAGAAUUAAAAUUCUCAGUAAUCAAAUGGGAAUGACAGCGAUUCUACUUUCAAAAACAUAAAAAACAUGAGAAAUGUGAAAUCAAUGCCUUAUAUCAACACCUAAUUGCAGGAUAAAGCUGAAAAGACCAUGAUUGUAGUUUCUUACAGAUUACCUUACUUUGUAAAAAAUAAGAAAAAAAAGAGUGCAAGGAUGUCCACAGAUAUGUAAAUCAGUCAAAUGUACGACUUCACAGAAAAUUUUGACCCACUUAUUGACUCUAUUUAUCAAUCAAUAAGCAAUGUCAAAUUAAACUUGAUAUGGGUGGGAAUAUGUAACAUUUAUGUAGAAUCUGAAAGCGACUAGGAAGACUUGCGUGAAUACAUGCUCAAAAAAUACAGAUGCUACCCUUUAUUUUACAAGGAAGAAACGAAUCAGAUGUUUUCGAGAUAAUUCUGCUCUAAGUUCCUAUAUCCAUAAACAGAAAAUAUUAUGUUUUAUGAAGAAGAAAAAUGUUGGAAAGUAUAUAAAGAUAUCAAUAAAGAUGUAGCAAAUGUUUUAAAAAAGUUUACAAAUGAGUCUAUAUCAAUAUUUGCAAUCGUUAUUUAUGACUUUCAUUUUUUCUUAGUGCCUUCUUACUUUCAAAAACAAAAAACUCAUAGCCCAGGACAUCUUUAAUAGUUUGAUUUUAGUGACAAAAUAACUAUUGCUUUCUUUAUGAACAGAAAAUUUCCCUAACUGUAGAUUCUUGAAAUGUUACCUCAAUCUGAUAUAUUCAUGCAUUCCCUCUUUUUUUGUGAUAUUAUGUCUUUCUCAACAUACGAAAGUUGUGAAUCUUUUCUCAGCCUUUCUUAAAAAAUGGGAUGCGCUGUCCUACACAAAGCUGGAGGAAAGAUCAUGCUUCAGUGUAAUGGCAGAGAAAUUUUAAUUCGUAUAGAACACCCAGGAAUAAACUUGAAAAAGCUUUAAAUUACAAAGGAUCUGAUCUAAAAAUAGGUUGAAGAAAUGACUCUUAUUUUACAGGACCAAAACAAGCAUUAACUUAUAGGCAUUGAUAGUAUUUCAAGAAAUAGUGGCCUUGAAUAUAAAUUUAGGGCAUUUGAAAAAUUUUUAAACAAAGAAAAAUAGAACCAAUCAAAGCAAGAAUAUAAACUAAAGCAAAUAGUGUAUUUUUCUACUGAUAGUGAAUUUUAAACUAGUUAAGACUAACAAGAUUAUUUAAACGAAGUGAAAUCACUUGCUAGAUCUAUUAAUCAGUCUCAGUCUUUCUACGAUAGUGCUAUCGAAAUUAUUGAAGGUGAUUCCCUUUCUUUUGAAGACUACUAUCAAUAUUUAAGUAUUAGUGAGGUCUUCUUAUCUACAGUUUUAUAAGAGACAAGGCAUUUUCAUUACAUGGAAUACUUAUUCCUAAAAAAAGAUGGCUAACUCAUUCUAAGCAACUGUCUGAACUAAAUAUCGCAGUUUAGUGCAGUAAAUAUUAUUAAUCCUUAAGACUAGCCAAAAAUUGUAAGUACUCUAAGCAAAAUCUUUUAGAAUCUAGCAAAAAAUAAAAAGACAUUCAAAGAAUAAAUUAAACCUGAAUAGUAGCAAGUUUAAUCUUAAAUCUACAUCAACCAACCCUCUAUCUCCUUGAAAAAAGAUAAGGAGAGUUUUGCUACUAGCUAGCAAUUGAUUUAUCUAUAAGAUGGUUUGAAAAUGUAAGAAGACAGAAAAAAAUUAGCUGCAGAUUAUAGCAACAGUGAUGGAAAUAAUGUCAAUAAUUAGUCUAGUUAAAUCAUACAAGAUAAAAUAAGAAUUAAUAUUACUGAAAAAAACAACACAAGUGAGUAGGCUCAACGAGAGUUCGAUUAUAAUUACUUGAUCAAAUUUUGUUCUAGUUAGAAUUGGAUCAAUCACUUCAUAAGUGAUAUCGUUAAGAGAUAGUCUGUUUAAAAAAAUACAUGCAUUUUUAUCUCCACAGAAGAGAAGACUGUGGCCCUAGAUAAAUAGAAUAAUAACGUGCAUAAGGAGAUCAUUUCUAAAAUUUACGAGAGAAGCUCUCAAUAAUAUAUUGAAAUUAAUCUUUAAAAUCUUAUUUACAGAUGUAAAAAUGCAAAAAACGCUGUCUUCAUCUUUGGAUUUUCAAGCGUUUUCUUUGACCAUCCUUCAAACCUUCUCUCUGAGCCUAAGCCUAAUCCUCUACUUUUUAAAUAAGUAGAAGAGCUUUCGAAACAGCCAAAUGUUUAGAUAUAUAUAAUAAGUGGAAAAUCUCCAGAACUGUUAUAAAAAUAUUUUGGACACAUUAAAAACAUUAUUUUAAUUGCAUACAAUGGCUUCAAAAUUUAGUAGACAGGCAGUGAUUUAGAUUUCUUUUAACUCACAAGUAAAUAUGAACAUACAUUAUGGAAAAUGUAAGUUUAAACUAAAAUGGAAAACUUUGUGCAAAAAACUGCUGGGUCUUACAUAGUAGACUCUGAACUUUAAACUUCUUGGCAUUUUGAAAAUGUAGAAAAAGAGUUUGCUGAUGCAUAAAAAAAUGAACUAAUAAAGUAGUUAGUUUAAAUAGUAGAAAGCAUGCCAGGAAAUGAAAUAUUUGAAGGUUAUGAUUUCGUUUAAGUGAGGCCAUAGUGCUUGAAUAAGGGUGUUAUGACUAAAAUAGCCAUCUAAAAUAGCUGUUUGCUUAAAAAUAAAAAAAUUGAUUUCUUAGUUAUAGUCGGAGGAAGAAAAACUACAGACGAAGAAAUGUUAAAAAGUGCCAGAGAUACUAUUUAUGACGAUAAUAUCUCCUAUUUUGAAAGUAACUCUCCUGCUAUUUUAGGAUCUAUAUCUUCUCAGCUAGGUGCUUUGUAUUGCAAUCACCAGUUCGAGAAUAACCAAGAAUUAGCUGUGUUACUUGAGAUGAUGAAUGGUAACAAAUAGCUACUAAAGACAGACUAGUUUGCAAAUAUCAAUCAUAAUCAAACGCAAGCCAAUCCAUAGAAGUUUGCUCAUAUAAAUAAUCACCACAAUGGAAACUCACCUCCUCCAUUAGUGAGAAUGCACACAAUGUGUGAAAAUAACAUAGAAAUCCUGAAUGAAAAAUUGAAAGUAUAAAACCUAUGUGAAGAAGAUAACGAAUAAAAUAAUUUACAAUAAUAUUUUGAUAGCGACUCGAAGCAGAGUCCUCUGUUUAUUGAUAAUAAUUAUUUCCUAAACUAAAACUAAAUUUUUCAAAAGAGAAGAAUUAAAGCUCAAGACAUAAAAAUUCCUUUUAUUAGCUAAUCUAUUUUAAAUAAACAAAUAGUUUGA